AUGGGACAGAAUUUGAGAGGCCAUGGAGCCCCACAGCAGGCCCGAGCUGUGGCCCACGCUACCACGGCUAGGAAAGCAGAAGAGACUGACAUAGUGGUGGCAGGUACACUACUUAUCUUUGGUCACCUAGCAUUUACAUUAUUUGAUUCUGGUGCUACCCACCCUUUUAUUUCUAAGGGGUUUGUGAAAUCUCUAGACUUAGAAUUAGAACCCCUAGAAUUCUCUGUUACUAUGUCUACACCUGCAAAUAAGUAUCUGACUGCUACCCAUAGCGUUAGAGGUGGUAGUGUGACAGUUGCACGGCAAAAACUUGUAGCAUCCCUGAUUGUUUUGUGUAUGCAACACUUUGGUGUGAUAUUAGGGAUUGAUUGGUUGGGCGAGAAUCGUGCCCUCAUCGAUUGCGAAGCGAGAAAGAUAAUCUUUAGGCCCUUGAUAGGAGAGAGCUUUGAAUUCAAAGGGGAUAUAUCCAGAAGUACCCCUAGGGUCAUCAAUUCGUUGAAGGCUAGAAAAUUGUAG